AUGUCUUCUUACGCUUUACCCCUCCGUGGCGGCAGUGUUGCGUCUCCUUAUGUGGCUGGAUAUGAUUAUGGACCACGUCGGAGCCAGAGAUACCCCCCCGAAGGUCCCCUGUACGGCGGUGUUUACCCCCAGAGGGUACCCUACCGUCCUCGUCCUGUGAGAGCAGCCCCUCGUCAUCGGAAGAGAGAGCCCGAUGUGCGGUUUGAGGACGCCAUGAGUCGUCUCCAUGUCACUUUGACGGAUGCGGUGAAUUUCUUCAAGGACUUUGAUGGUGCUUUUGCCCACGAGACGAGUGGCAUCAAGUCGUAUGCAACAGGCCCAAUCCUCGACAAGUUGUGGCAAAGAAAAAUCUUACCCGACAAGGCGAACGAGGUGCAUUCUGCGCGACGGACAUCGAACGAAGGAUCGGAGGGUGAUGAGGGAAGCACCAGUGGCCAGCAGGAAGAAGCCUUUCGAGACCAUCUGAGCCGUGUUCAUGAUGAUAUGUCUCAGGCCGCUCGUUCUCGCGGCCCAGGCAUCUCCCGUUCCGACAUGGAUAGCUUGGGUCGACUGCGGGAACUGCUGAUGAGACAAUACGAUGUGUUGCAUGGUAUCAGCAACAAGGUCUAUACAUCCAGGAAGUAUCUCCAAGAGUUCAUCAAGGAGGCUGAAUUUUUCAGGGACUAUAUGGAUAAAACUAGAGAGUUAUGGGACUUUGGCCAUGACAGAACCGAGAAAGGUAACGAAAGCGACGAGGGCUCUCAGGAGGGUAGCAAUCCAGAGGAGACUGCAUUUGGCGACUGA